AUGUUAAUUUUGGAAGUUUUCCUACUUCCUCCUUCUCCUCUGCAGCUCUCUUAUUCUUCUUCUGUGUCAACAAGCCUCUAUGGUGACCAAAAAGCAAAAAGACUUCAUUGCUUGAAGCCGUCUCCAAGCUGCUUAUGCCGAACACUUUUAAAGAUUAACUCCAGUCUUCACCGUUUCCGAAUUGCUGCUGAAGACAGUGACUCGGUAAAAUCAAUAAAGUCUAGUCCUUUUCAGCCUAAACCUCCUAUCAUACCUCGAAAGACCCGCCCUUUACCCAGAGCAAUAUCCAACCAUGGCCAACCUGAUUCUUUGGAUGAAACUAAUGCUACACAUGCAAAUGAUCAGCAGGAUCUAUUUCAAGCAGGUUCAACUGAUGACCACCACAAGGCAAAACUGAACAGUAGCCAUAUGGAACUACCAAGUGAACAGCCAUCUUCAUCUGGCCUCAGCAGCUAUCAUUAUGACUCUGAUGUUUCAGAUCAGUAUUUAGUCGAUCAGGUUGGCAGUACAUGGACUGUACGGUCACUUCCUGCCACCACUUCACCCCGCUUACCUCCACUCACAUCGGUCAGUUCUCUGCCUCCUUUUAAUCGCAACUUUUCCUCUAAAACUUUACGGACUGCCUACAAAUCAGAACCAUUGUUCAGUACUCAUCAAAUUAAUAGGGGCAGUCUAGAGACAUUUUCACAAGGUUCGUUUGCUUCAUCUACUGCCAGCGCUCUACCUGCAAUUACAACCAGGGAAGCUAGAUCCAGGAGUUAUUUAUUUGGUAACAUUAACUCUGGUAUUUCUCUGUUGGGAAGUGAAGAACUUCACCGUUAUUUCCCUGAUAGAAAAGUGAAAAUGUUUGUUGGAACUUGGAAUAUGGGAGGACAUAAGGACAUGGUUUCACAACGAAUUGUCGACUUUAUCUUGCCUGAAAAGUGUGAACUUGUGCAAGACAUUUAUGUAAUUGGAACGCAGGAAAAUUCAAUGCAAAAGAAGGAGUGGGAGAUUAAAUUGCAAGAGAACCUUGGCCCCUCCUAUGUUUUAUUUCAUUCCACGUCUCUUGGCUCUUUGCAUUUGGCUGUGUUUAUGAGGCGGGAUUUAAUCUGGUUUUGUUCAAAUCUUGAAGAAAAUAACCUAGCUACUCGAGCUAUGACAAUGAUCAAAACGAAAGGCUCUGUGGCACUUGCCUUUUCAUUUUUUGGGACUUCUCUGUUGUUCAUCAAUUCCCAUUUCACAGCAUGCUACCAAAAGAUGUCUGAUCGUGUAAACGAUUAUGAAAAGACCAUCCGAGAACUCAGACUGGCAAAAGGGCGUCUUCAAAGUUCUAAAAAAGAUAUAAUCGGUCAAUACAACUCUGUGUUCUGGAUUGGAGAUUUCAACUUCCGUAUCGAUGGAGAUGCAUGUCCAGUGGAGAACAUGCUUGGAGAUCAGAACCCAAAUUUUGAAAAGAUUCUUCGCAGUGAUCAACUCUUACAGCUGAUCAAUGAAGAUAAAAUUUUCAAAGGAUUUCAAGAAGGAAGGAUUGUUUUUCCACCAACCUACAAAUUUGAUAUUAAGUCAGACACAAAUACAUAUCACAAAUUACGGACACCUUCAUACACAGAUCGUGUCCUUUUCCGGUCAAAAAGAAAAAACUGCAUUACCUGCAUCUAUUACAAUUGUGCCGAGAAUGUCAAAUUAUCUGACCACAAGCCAGUGUUUGGUAUCUAUGAAGUUGCAAUCCGUCCAGGACGAGACACAUUAACACUUGAUGCUGGUCGUUUCAAUAAAGAAGUUUACAUUGAAGCCAACAAGAGACGGGCUCAAUCGCAAUAUGGCAAGCCUGUCAAUCACAAGUCCAGUUCUGUGUGCAGUAUUCAAUAA